GGAUGACGCUACGUUUAGGCCCUCAGAGCUCAGGGAAGACAACUCUAUUGUUAGCUUUGGCAGGGAAACUUGAGUCAAACCUUAAGGUCUCAGGUAGGAUCACUUAUAAUGGUCAUCAGAUGAAUGAGUUUGUUCCUCAAAGAACAGCAGCUUAUAUCAGCCAACAUGAUCUCCAUAUAGGGGAGAUGACAGUGAGACUUUCUCUGCAAGAUGCCAGGGUGUUGGGGCCUGUUAUGACAUGUAACUGAGCUGUCCAGAAGAGAGAAGGAUGCAAACAUAAAACCAGAUCCUGAUAUCGAUAUCUUCAUGAAGGUAAAUGGAUAGGGAAACCCCCCUUAAUUUUUAAUAUUUGGCUCUUCUUUCUAUUUUUAUUUGUCUUAUUUUUUAGGUUUGCGGAUGGCGAAAGUUUUUGGAAUUCUAAAGACAAACUUGGAUUACUUUUACGAUGAACAAAGUGGACAGGAUAACUAAAACCUUCUCUCUGUCUCUCUUACAAACACGCAGAUACAUCAUGUACUCAACCCAUACCAGUUCCGAUCUAACCAGGUGGUUAGCGGUUAGAUCGAGUGAUUUUACGAACAAUGAUUUCACUCAAGUGCAUGCUUGCAUGUAGGCAUCCAUGUUGUAGUUGAGAGGGGGGAGAACAUGGUUUUGUUUUGAGAAAUUAUAGAAUGA